GUCUUUCGUAUUUCUAAAAAUUAUUUUGUGAUUCAUUGAAAAAGAAGGCAAUAUUUUUUUGUACUCUUUCUUCAAAAUGCUUUCAAUUGCUUUCAAGCACCGCGUCCGCCGCGUCCUGACCAGUACUGACAACCCUCUAUUUUCUCCCGUUUCCGCAUCCGGCGUCCUUUUCCGUCCGGCGUUCUCGGGGGAAGGUUGCCCGCUCGCAGAGCUACGAAAAUUUAUUAGUUUUACUGGCCAGGGCAUGGCAGCAAAUAAUUACUUUGGGUUUACACACGGAGGAACUCAAUACGGUGCUGCUGCUGCUGCCGCAGCCGGUGCCGCAGCAUACCAGGCCACGCCGGCCGCCGGCUACGCGGCCGUAGGGCAUACUCCGGCGGCGGCGGCGACGUACGCUGCGCAGCGCGCCACCACUGCCUACGAGGCGGCGGCGGCCUACCAGCCGGCGGCGGCCACUAGCUACGCGGCCACGGCCAGCUCGGCGCCCACCUACGACUACUCGUACACGCGCGCGCAGACCUACGACAACGCGGCCAAGACGGCCGCCUUCUACCCGCAGCCGACUAGCACGUCAUUCUCGGCGGCAGCCGACCCCGCCUUCCAAGCUAAGUCGUCCACGACGUAUACGGCAGGUUAUCAGAACGCGGCCGCUCGUCCGGCCGGUCAGGCUUCCAAAACGUACAACUAUCCGGCGGCCGGUGCCGCCCAGUCUUACACGUACCCGAACCAGGCAGCCGCCGCCGCCACGGCCAACAAAAACUACAGCGGGUAUGACGCGGCGCUGUACAACGCGGCCACGUUGUACGUGCAGCAACAGGCGCACACGGCUCCUAAGGGCGCCGGCACGUGGAAGGCGUCGCGGCCCGGCGUCGGCGCCACCAUCGGCCAGAAGCCCAAGCUGAAGCAGCCGCCCAAGCCGCAGCAGCUGCACUACUGUGACGUGUGCAAGAUCAGCUGCGCCGGACCGCAGACGUACCGGGAGCACCUGGAGGGCCAGAAGCACAAGAAGAAGGAGUCUGCGCAGAAGCAGACUGCGGGAACAACGCCGAACGCUCCACGCGGCGGCAACUCUCUGCGCUGCGAGCUGUGCGAUGUCACCUGCACCGGCAGCGACGCGUACGCGGCCCACAUCCGCGGCGCCAAACACCAGAAGGUGGUGAAGCUACACACCAAGCUGGGCAAGCCGAUCCCGUCGACGGAGCCGGUGGUGGUCCCGGGGAAGUCGACCACCACCACGGCCAAGACGGGCGCGGCCACCACCACUGCCGUCACCAAAACCACUGAGGUCACCAAGGUCGUCGCCACGCCCAAAAUCAACUUUGUCGGCGGCACCAAGCUGACGACCACCACGCCGACGGCCACGGCCGCCGCCGCGGGCACCGCCGUCAAGGAGGAACCCAAGGAGGCUGCUGCUGCUGCUGCCCCUGCCGCGGCGGCGGCGGCGGCGCCGGCAGUGGCGCGGGACGAUACGGUGGCAGUGGCCGCCGCCGCCCUCGGCGAAAAGGAGGUGGAGCCCGUGGGACAGGAGUACAUCGAGGAGAUCAAAAACGAGGAGGGUAAGGUCGUCAGCUUCAACUGCAAGCUGUGCGAGUGCCGCUUCAACGACCCGAACGCCAAGGAGAUGCACAUGAAGGGCCGCCGGCACCGGCUGCAGUACAAGAAGAAGGUGAACCCGGAGCUGAUUGUGGAGGUGAAGCCCAGCCUGCGCCAGCGGAAGCUGCAGGAGGAGAAGCUGCGCCGACAGCAGAUGCGCGAAGAGAUGUGGCGCCGCCGCGAGGAGUCGGCCAUGGACGACGAGGAGCGUAUCUACUGGGAGGAGCGGCGCCGCUAUGAAGAGGAGAUGGAGUACUUCGAGUGGUGUCGGCGCGGCGCCGGACGUGGCAUGCCGCCCUUCGGGCCCAUGGGACCGAUGGGACCGCGCUUCGGACCCAUCCCGCCCAUGCUGCGCCGUCCGGACUCGGCCGACGACCGGCACGUGAUGGCCAAACACUCUGAGAUCUACCCCAAGGACGAGGAGCUGAACGCCAUCCAGAAGAUCGUCUCCAACUCGGAGAAGGCGCUGAAGAUGGUGUCCGACGACAUCGCCGAGGCGGACGCGCCGAAAAAGGACGACGGCACCGCCAGCGAGAGCAAGGACGAGGAUGGCAAGGAGCUGCCUCGCACGCUGAAGGGCGUGAUGCGUGUCGGCGUCUUGGCCAAGGGACUGCUGCUGCAGGGCGACGCCGAUGUGCAGCUGGUAGUUCUCUGUGCCGAGAAGCCGACACGCACCCUGCUCGAGCGUGUCGCCAAUUUGAUGCCCAAACACUUGGCGACGGUGACGCCCGACGAGAAGUACGCGCUGAAGCUGAGCGUGGAGCAGGCGUCGCUCAUCAUCACCAACCAGACGGAGCCGCAGAUCAACGUCACCGUCACCCUGACUUCCCCGCUGAUGCGGGAUGGGGCCGCCGACGGUGAGCCAACUGCCUCCAAGGACCCGCCAGACGUCUUGGACAAGCAGAAAUGCCUCGAGGCCCUAGCGGCUCUGAGACAUGCUAAAUGGUUCCAGGCUAGGGCCAGCGGCGUGCAGAGCUGUGUGAUCGUCAUACGCAUAAUGCGUGAACUCUGUCAGCGUGUGCCCACAUGGACUCCGCUCAACACCUGGGCGCUGGAGCUGCUCGUGGAGCGGGUGGUGGCCUCUGCCGGCUUCCCGCUGGCGCCCGGCGACGCGCUGCGCCGCGUGCUCGAGGCCAUCGCGUCCGGCCUGCUGCUGCCGGGCACGCCGGGCCUGAUCGACCCGUGCGAGAAGGAGCCGGUCGACACGCUCUCCGGCCUGACGGCCCAGGAGCGCGAGGACAUCACGGCCUCGGCGCAGCACGCCCUGCGCCUGAUGGCCUUCCGACAGGUGCACAAGAUCCUCGGCAUGGACGCCCUGCCGCCGCCCAAGUUCAACCGCGGCAAGUUCAACCGGAAGCGGCGGCGCGACAACAGCUGCUCGGGCGAGAACGGCGACUCGGAGGGCGGUGAUGGUAAGAAGGACAAGAAGGAAGAUGAGAGCGAGGCGGCAAAGGCCGAUGCCAAGUGAUGACCCAAGUUCAGUUGCGGCUGGAGACUUGUGCCGUCAGAGGAACUUUGGCGUGGGGAUUUUCCGGCGCCCGGUCGGAUGGGCGUAGCUUUGUUGUCCACUUUCCUGUCUGUAGCCGUUGUUUCUGAAACACGCUGCACGCACCACUCAGUUGGUCACUGUAUGAUAGACAUCUGUGCGUUCAGUAACCACGAGGAGGAUGGUGGUGGCGAGUAAUCUCUCCCCCAGUCACCAUAUAUGUGUUUUUCGUGCUGUGCUAUAAUUUGGUCGACCCCGCCAGGGUAACAUCUUGGUAUGCGGAAUAGACCACUUGUAAUAUGUUAUAUUAAGUCGAGUGCAAGUUUUAGACUUGCGGCAUGUUAGGUCAUUGUAAGUUUAAUUGCUUGUGUCUGUAGUACAGUGGAAAUACACUAUGUGAUUGUGUAAA